UCCUGCUUCACUCGGUACGACGAUGGAAAGCUUAACGCUGAGUGAUGUCGAGCAGAAAUACUACUCGGAGCUUUUCGUCUACUGCGACACGGACAACACCAAAAAAGUGGCUUCUAAUGGGAGAGUUCUUGACCUUUUCCGGGCGGCCCAGCUCCCCAGUGAAGUUGUCCUGCAGAUCACAGAGUUGUGUGGAGCCACUCGGCUGGGUCACUUCGGACGGAGCCAGUUCUACAUUGCGUUGAAGCUCAUCGCCAUCGCCCAGUCUGGGCUGCCCCUCAGGGUGGAAAGCCUCAAUUCAGUCAAAGAUCUGCCGCUGCCCAGGUUCGUGGUGGGGAAGAACGAGGCAGAAGCGAGGCACGCUGCCCUGUACCAAGACGCAGACAGCCAAGGCUUGUACCCGGCGCCCGGAACUGCUUUAAUACCCAGACCGCCGGGCCGGGGUCACCAGAACAAGAAAGGCCCCCCUUCCUCCACUUCACUUCCUGCCCACGAGGUCAUCCAGCCCCUGGCGCCCAGCAUAGAAGCUCAGCCCGAACCGACGUCCCCGGUCAUCUCCCCGCACCAGUCUCCCCCCACGUCCCCUCACUCUUGGAGAAAGCACAAACGGCAACACAGCGGAGGGAACGCAGACAGGCAACAAGUGGUGGCUGCAACCGGAGCUGUGUGGACGCAGUUCAGAGAACCACAAACAGGGCCAGUGACCGGUGAUGGCAUGUGGUCGUCUCACUCGCCCCCUCCUCCGCUUCCCCCAAGCCAGGAAAGCUGGGUCAGUUUCACAGCAGACACCCCGCCCUCCAGUACGCUCCCAGCAAUGCACCCGUCAUCGGUCCAGGAAAGCACAACGAUACGAACCGUGGCCUCGGCUGCGACGACCAACGAGAUCCAGCGACAGUCCAGCGGCUACGACGAUCCCUGGAAAAUCACAGACGAGCAGAGACAGUAUUACAUCAACCAGUUCAAAACUAUUCAACCAGACCUCACUGGCUUAAUACCUGGCUCAGCCGCGAAAGAGUUCUUCACUAAAUCAAAGCUACCGAUUUUAGAGCUAUCACACAUUUGGGAGCUGUCGGACUUCGAUAAAGACGGAGCUCUGACCCUGGACGAGUUCUGCGCGGCCUUUCACCUCGUCGUGGCCAGAAAAAACGGCUACGACCUUCCAGAGAAACUUCCAGAGAGCCUCAUGCCGAAGCUGAUUGAUCUGGAUGACUCAGCAGAAGUUCCUGAGCCGGCGGAUGAAGUCGGGUACUCGGCUUCGCCGGUGGAGGUCACCCCCAACAAAUCGCCCUCCAUGCCUUCGCUCAACCAGGCCUGGCCAGAGAUGAACCAGAGCAACGAGCAGUGGGAGACGUUUAGCGAGCGCUCCUCCAGCUCACAAACUCUGACCCAAUUUGACUCUAACAUUGCACCAGCUGACCCUGACACAGCCAUCGUCCACCCAGUUCCCAUCCGGAUGACUCCUAGUAAGAUUCACAUGCAGGAGAUGGAGCUGAAGAGGACGGGCAGCGAUCACAAUCAUCCUACCAGUCCGCUGCUGGCAAAACCCCCAGAACUGUCCGAAGAAACCAAACUGCCUCCUUCCAUGAAGUUUGUAGCUGCCAACACCGUCGGUGAUGGUUACAGCAGCUCCGACUCGUUCACGUCGGAUCAGGAGCCAAUCACCAGGCAAAGGUCUCAGUCGGGUGCGUCUCCAGACGCGCUGAAGGCCGUAGCCCCACCCCCUCCGCCUCCUCGCCCCCAGCAGUCCCACUCUCGCUCGUCGUCUUUGGACAUGAAUCGCACCUUCGCUGCCCCGGCAGCACCAGGCCAGCCCCAGCCGUCUGCGAUCGCGUUUCCUCCUGCGGUGCCGCCUCGACCACUGCCCACACAGUCGUCGGUACCGCUCACUGGGCAUCGUGUGGAGGCAGAGGGUGUCCCUGCAGGGGGCGCUGGUCUCACCACCACCUCCCCGCAGCAGAUUCCUCAGCAGCCCAACUUCGCCGACUUCAGCCAGUUUCAGGCGUUUGCUGCGUCUGAGCAGCCGUCCAGCCUGCCGGACAUCGACAAGCACAGCGAGGCAGGACAGGCAGACAAGAUAUCAGAGGGAGCCGGCCCUUUAAGAGCAGUGAAAAGUGACGGCCCAGCAGAUGAGAGAACAUCGGCUACAGUCAACUCUGCCAAGGGUUCGUCGGGCCCUCUGGCUCCGCCACCAAAGCCCGUUCGGCGGCGGUUGAAGUCUGAGGACGAGCUCCGACCCGAAGACGAGCAGAUCGGACCCCAGAAAGCCGGCGCCAUCGCUGCGCCCCUCACCUCUCAGCCCUCCAUCCCCAGAUCGAUUGGAAAGGACAAAAAGGCAAUUCAAGCUUCCAUCAGAAGAAACAAGGAGACAAACACAGUAUUGGCUCGACUCAACAGUGAACUACAGCAACAACUGAAGGAUCUGCUGGAGGAGAGGAUAUCCCUGGAAGUGCAGCUGGAGCAGCUCCGGCCUUUCUCCCACCUCUAGCCGAACACGCGGAGCAGAACUCGGCCGUAGCUCCUCGGCUCUCCUUCCCUCCGCUCCUCUCGCCUUCCAUCAUCAUUUCCCCGGUCGGAGGCCGCCGGGCUUCCCGUUAAACGAAACCCUCUCCCUCUGAUCUGUCGCACAGUCUUAGCAACAAAUGGAGAAGAGAGGAGCAGAUUUCACCACCCGGCACUUUUCACAUCUCUUUUGUUUUUUUGUUUUUCUUCUUUGUUUUUCUGAAGAGGAUGACGGAAAAACGGCGAAACGUGAAGACGAAACACCUGGUUUCUGACGAUGGAAAAGCCGUCUUCAGGAACAAAUCGUUGUGUUGGUGUGACUGGUUUUGUUUUUGUUCCUCUUAAAGCGGCUUAAUUAGAGGCUCGCACCACUAAGUCCAAAUUUCCGUUGAAAAUUUGGUUAAUUUAAGGAAACAAAAACAUUUGUUUACCUUUUGAGGGAAACGGUAAAAAAUAAAUAAAUCUGGUCAGUAAUGUUCAGAAAUAGUUUAAAAUCUGAUCCAUUUUAUUCUAAAUAAAAUAAAACUUUGACCAAAGAAAAAAAAUAAAGUUGGAGUAAGGUUCUGUGGAAACACCAUAAGCAGUUAAUAUCUUACCGUCGGUAGAUAACUCUCUUGGCGUCUUCAUUUAGUAUAAAUCUGGAUUAGCUACUAGCAUUUUAACACUUAAAAAUGCUAUUUUUAUUUCCUUUUACCAGUCGUCGGGUUUACAUUUCACGGUUAUUUACACAGAAAUGGGUGUUAAUUCACAAAACAAAUCCAUGUUGGAGGUGGUGCGCCACCAAUAGUCUUCCUAUGUGUAACACGCUCUGAAAAUGCAACAUGUAAUUUAUUACCAGUCAGAGAAACUGUCUGUAACUAAGCUGCAUUAACUAGCAAGAUAAUAUAUCAGUUUGAGUUGAUGCAGUUUUAUUUUAGGUAACGAAAUUAACCACAAAUGCUUUACAUGUUCUGUUCUCGGGGAAGAUAAUAGGUGACGGACUGCCUCCAACAUCAAUUUUCUACUUGACAAAUUUAGAGGUUCAGAAAAUAGUUUUUGAUAAAACAGCUCCAACUAAUCUGCAUUUACCCUAAAUAAAGACACAAAGAGAGUCGGCUGCAGCCUGUAAGAUAUAAAAUACUCGCAUUGUUUUAACUGAACUUCACUUCAAAAAAUCCAAAAUAAUUAUUUUAAACACACCUGCUGUAGAUUUAGGCAGAAUUAAAAGAGAACUGACUGUUUUUAAAUAAAGACUGAAAAUUGGACCGCCCAAAGUUUCUCUUAUUGCUUUUUCAUCAAAUUAACAAAUGUGGUGUGAGCAGCUUUGUAUUUGAUUUAUAAGAACCGAAUAAAAGAAGGUUUCCCAAGCGAGCUGGUUUCUACGACAGCGUGUCAGGGUCACUGUAGA